AUGCUGCUAACUGAACACCCUCCUGGGAAGAUGCUCCUGCUUUUUCUGUUGAGCUUUGCGCUGCCCCCCAGGGCAGAGACAGGAGAUAUCAUUGGGGGACAUGAGACGAAACCGCACUCCCGACCCUACAUGGCAUAUCUGAAGAUCUAUGGUCAGGAGUCUAAAAGUUGUGGCGGGUUCCUGAUCCAAGAGGACGUGGUGAUGACGGCCGCUCACUGUAAUGGCAGAAAAAUUGAGGUGAUCCUGGGUACCAAUAACAUUGGAAAAAGAAGAAAUUGGCUCAUGAAGAUCUCUGUGAAUGCAACUUUCCCUCAUCAGGGCUAUAAUAAAGAUACUUUCUCCAAUGAUAUUAUGUUGCUGAAGCUGCGUGAAAAGGUCAAAUUGACAAAAAAAAUUAAUCUCCUGAGCCUUCCAGAUCCACUAACCCACCUAGAGCCAGGACAGUUGUGCAGUGUGGCUGGCUGGGGACAAACCACAUUUAAAGGAAAGACAUCUGACAAACUGAUGGAGGUGGAGCUGAAAAUACAAAAGGAAGAGAAGUGCAAAAGAAUCUACAACAAUUACAACUCUAAGACUCAACUGUGUGCAGGAGACAAGAAAGGAGGGAAUAUCAUGAAGGGAGACUACGGGGAUCCUCUCGUGUGUGACAACGUAGCUCAGGGCAUCAUGACCUUUAGAGAUAAAAAUGGAAUUUUUCCUGGCAUCUACACCAGAAUCUCAUUUUUCAUGCCCUGGAUAAAGAAAACAUUGAAAAGAAUAUGUGGAAAUAAUCUGCCACAAAGAAAAAUAAAGGUGAUCCUGGGUACCAACAACAUUGGCAAAAUAUGGAAUUGGCCCAGGAAGUUCUCUGUGAAAAAAACCAUCCCUCAUGAGGGCUAUAACAAAGAUACUCACUCCAAUGAUAUCAUGUUGCUGAAGGCACUGAGCAGUGCCUCCUUGUCAAAGAUGGACAAGUUUAACAGAUCCAACCCUUCUCCUUUGAAUCACCUCCACAGAUAA